CACAUCGGCACCUGACUUGUGCCCAGCCCAGAUCCGAGAUCAAAGUCAAAUGACUGGCUUAGCACCACUUGGCGCGAAGCAAACUGUCUUAUAGCUGAGAUUCGCUAGUCAAGUCGUCUACAAUGUUUGCCUAGCUCUUUUUCGCAUUGACCCUCGAUGAAUAGGUAGAGGCAAACAUGUAUAUCCACCAACGGGCUUCAAUCGAUGUCGAGUCGACGCUCGCAUCUCUGACGCUGUCUGAAAAAAUCUCACUCCUUUCCGGGGCCGACUUUUGGCAUACUACCGCCAUCCCCUUUCACAAGAUCCCUUCAGUGAAAUGCACAGAUGGCCCCAACGGCGCUCGAGGUGGUCGAUUCUUCAAUCCCGUCCCAGCAACCUGCAUCCCUUGCGGCACUGGUCUCGGUGCCACGUGGAAUCCAGACCUUCUCUACGCUGCAGGACAACUUCUCUCCCGCGAAUGCGAGGCCAAAGGCGCCCAUGUAUGGUUGGGUCCUACGGUCAACCUGGUCCGGGGUCCUCUGAACGGCCGCGGAUUCGAGAGUUUCUCUGAGGAUCCUCACUUGAGCGGCGUGCUGGCCGCCGCCAUUAUCCAGGGGGUGCAGAGUCGAGGCACCCUGGCUGCUCUGAAGCAUUUCGUUGCCAAUGACCAGGAAACAGCUAAGAUGUCGGUCGAUAUCUGCAUGUCCCAGCGGGCAUUGCGCGAGGUGUAUCUGAAGCCGUUUCAGAUGGCUGUGAGAGAUGGCAAACCAAGGAUAGUGAUGUCCUCGUACAACAAAGUCAACGGGACUCACGUGUCCGAGAGUAAAAAACUUCUGGACGAAGUGUUGCGACGAGAAUGGGGAUUCGAUGGCCUUAUUAUGAGCGAUUGGUUCGGGACCUAUGGCUGUGCCGGCGCACUGAAUGCCGGGGUGGACAUUGAAAUGCCAGGUCCAUCGAUGCACCGUGCAUAUCAAGCUGUCAUGGCGGUAACAUCUGGAAAGGUUAGUCAUCAAACGAUAGAUGACCGGGCAAGGAAAGUCCUCGAGCUCGUCAACCACUCUGCCACAUCGCGAGUAUCGACAAAGGAGACAACUCGUGACUCGCCAGAGGAUCGUGCCCUUAAUCGACGCCUCGCGACUGAGAGUGUUGUCCUCCUGAAGAACUUGGCCAAUAUUCUUCCGCUCCAACCUGAGGAUUGUGAGGACGUUGCCAUUAUCGGCCCAAACGCGAAACUCCCCGCUGCAUGUGGCGGAGGAAGUGCAAAUCUACGCCCCUAUUUCACAAGCUCGGUCUUUCAGGGAAUUCGGGACCAACUGCCUUCCAAUGCAAAAGUCUACUUCGAGCCGGGAGUAUUUGGGCAUGUUCUUCUUCCCUACUUCACCGAGGAUCAUGUUACCGAUGAAUCGGGAAACCCGGGCGUUUCCAUCGCCUUCUUCAACGAGCCGGACUCGGUUCAAGACAGGAAGCUCUUUGACUACCAGAACAUCCCCGACACGACGUACCAGCUCAUGGAUUACAGCCAUCCGGCUAAAAGGGACGUUUUCUUCAUUUCAAUGCGGGCUAAAUACCGGCCCGAAGUCGAUGGAUUGUACGAGUUUGGGCUCGCCAGCUAUGGCACGUCAAAGCUGUACAUCGACGACGACUUGGUGAUAGACAACGAGACCAAGAAAAGCCACGGGGGAAUGUUCUUUGGCCACGGGUCUGUGGAAAAGCGUGGAACAUGCGAGAUGGUGGCUGGUCGAACCUAUCGACUCCGAGUGGAAGCGGGCAGUGCCUUGACAUCGAGGGUGACUGGGGGCUCAUUCAUACCUAUACCAGGAGGAGCCUGUCGUCUUGGUGGUUGUCUCAAGCUGAAGCCCGCUGACGGAAUCAACCAGGCUGUUUCUCUAGCGAAGAGAUGUAAACAUACAUUGGUUGUUGUCGGCUUCAAUGCCGACCUCGAAAAGGAAGGCAAGAAUAGGGAGUCCAUGUCGCUUCCGCCUCAUGUUGAUGAUCUUGUCUCAGCAGUCCUGGGAGUCCAGCCCAAUGCCAUCGUGAUCACUCAAGCAGGCAAUCCCAUCGCAAUGCCAUGGCGCCACCAGGCCAAGACAAUUCUUCACAGCUGGUAUGGGGGCAACGAGGCUGGUAAUGCUGUUGCAGAUGUGGUGUUUGGAAAGGUCAAUCCCAGUGGGAAGCUUCCUGUCACUUUCCCGAACCGACUGGAGGAUGGCCCAACGUUUCUCAGCUUUGGGAGCGACAAUGGGCGGAUAUACUAUGCUGAGGAUGUCUUCGUUGGGCAUCGAUGGUUCGAAGCUCGUGGCAUCGACGUGGCAUUUCCAUUCGGGCAUGGCCUGAGCUACACCACCUUUUCCGUGUCCAACAUUAGGAUGGCGGCGAGUGGCGUGCUCGUCGACGUUAAGAACACUGGACCCAUGGCGGGUGCUGAGGUGUUGAGGCUGUAUGUUUCCUUUGACCUUGUCAAGACUGGGAAGAAGUCGAGGUUUCUGCGGCCUGUCCGAACGCUUGUCGGUUUCCAGAAAAUCUUCCUGAAGCCUGAUCAAGAGGCUCCGGUGGUCAUCACUCUUGACAAAUACAGCACUGCUGUAUGGGAUGAACCAACCGAUAGCUGGUUUUGUGAGGAAGGGACGUAUACAGCUUCUAUUGUGGCCUCCAGUGACAGCUUGGAAGCCAGUUUCACCGUCGAUAAAGAUGUUUACUGGAACGGCGCAUGA